AUGGCAAAGUGGGCGAUCGAGUUGGGCGCCUUCAACAUCACCUUCAAAACCAAGGGUCCAUUAAAAGGGCAGGUGAUAGCUGAUUUCUUAGUCGAAAUGCUGGAGGAUAAGGAAGUGGAAGGAACGGAGCAGGGUCCAAACAAACCAUGGUCUUUGUAUACGGAUGGAGCUUCGAGCGCCAAAGAUGCGGGAGCCGGAUUAAUACUCACCGAGGAUAUGACAUAUGCACUCCGUCUAGAAUUCAAGAGCUCCAAUAACGAAGCUGAAUAUGAGGCAUUAUUGGCCGGCUUGCGUUUAGUAGCCAAAGUUGGAGCAAAAAACGUCGUAGCCCAUGUUGAUUCGCUACUUGUAGCAAAUCAAGUAAAUGGAGAAUAUGAAGCAAGGGAAACCAACAUGAUCGAGUAUUUAGAACAAGUGAAGCAUGCGAUGGCAUUGUUCGACUCGUGCAAGGUCGAACACAUCCCUCGCAGCAAAAACAAAAAGGCCGAUGCUUUAAGCAAGCUAGCAUCUGUGUCAUUCAGCCAUCUCGCUAAAGAGGAACGGGUAGAAGUGUUGACCGCACCUUCGAUCACCACUCCACAGGUCAUGCAAGUGGAAGCUCCAUCACAAACUUGUAUGACUCCGAUCAUCAACUACUUGGUACACGAUGUUUUGCCAGUUCAUAAGGCGGAGGCCAGAAAAAUCCAGAUCAACUCGCUUCAAUACCAAAUGCAAGAGGGGGGUUUGUACCGAAAGACUUUUCUCGGCCCUCUGUUAAAAUGUCUCGAUCCAGAGCAAGCUAGUUACAUCAUCAAAGAAAUACAUUAUGGCAUUUGCGGAAUCCAUGCCGGAACAAAAAUGAUCGUAACAAAAGUCAGGAAUGCAGGGUAUUAUUGGCCCGGGAUGCACGAAAGUGCUGUAAAAGAGCUCCAACAAUGUGAUGAAUGCCAAAAACACAUGUCGAUAAGCCUCCGAGCGAAGAAUGAAAUGAUCCCAGUAACUGAUGCAUGGCCUUUUCAAAAGUGGGGCGUAGAUAUAGUUGGGCCCUUCCCACGAUCAAGCGGAAGUGCUCAGUAUUUGCUGGUGGCAGUAGAUUAUUUCACCAAGUGGGUGGAAGCUCGACCAUUCAUGGUUAUCUCUGGCUAUAAUGUGACGAGGUUCUUCUGGGAACAGAUCGUGUGUCGUUUCGGUCUUCCGCUAUAUAUAGUAAGCGACAAUGCAAAACAGAUUGCAGAAAACCCAUUCAAGUGGUGGUGUGAGAGUUUGAAAAUUAACCAAGUCUUCUCUUCGGUCGCUCACCCACAGGGGAACGGGCAGGUCGAACAGAUAAAUCGCCGAAUCGUCGAUGGGAUAAAAAGAAGGCUUGGUUACGAAGGAAAAGGAUGGGCAAACGAGUUACCGAACAUACUAUGGGCUUACCGAACCCUACACAUGACAAGUAACGAAGAAACAUCGUUCAGCCCUACGUACGGUACCGAAGCAAUGAUCCCCGCAGAGAUCGGGCUCCUGAAUCAAAGGUGA